AUGUCCGUCGAGCUGGCACGACGCGUUCAAAACGCUUUCGACAGCAUUGACUCUGACGGAAAUGGACUAAUUACCAAAGAAGAGAUGCGUGAGCUAUUCGCUAGCUUUGGAGCCCCUGAGCUUGACGAACUGGUCGAUGGCAUGGACACAAACAAAGAUGGCAAGAUCUCCUAUGAAGAGUUUGUUUCCUGGGUGUUCAAUAAAGAGAAAGGCGCCGACAGCUUGGUGCGUGUAAAUAUGAGCCAGCUGAUGGAGACGUCGGCGUCGGCGUGUUUGGUCAAGCCUAAAUUUGUCACUCCGGAUAUUCCUCAAUACGACCAACGUUGUCUUCCAGACGAUGAUAGCUGGCUCAAGCUGCGCAAGAAGCUCCAGGACGGCAAAGAAGUGUUUCAAGACAAAAGCUUCGACGCCGUGGAUGACUCUUUGUUUGGGGGCAGCGCUGUGGAGUUGGGUGACAAAGCUGCUGGCAAGAAGCCGCCCUUCAAGGUGGACCAUUGGGCUCGCAUUUGGGACAUGGGCGAAGCAAGUCGCAACGGGCCGCUGGCAAAAGAUGGAGCUUCGGCAUGUGACAUAGAGCAGGGGCAGCUUGGAGACUGCUACUUCCUGAGUGCGGUUGCAGCAGUUUCGCAGUCCGACGUACUCAUGGCCAGGCUUCUGCCAGGUUCGCAGACCGUGAACGAGGAAGGGCUCUAUGCUGUGCGCUUUUGGCAGGAUGGGGCCUGGCGGAUCGUUGUAGUCGAUGACCGGCUGCCCUGCCGUGGUCACAACAAGCUAAUCUUCGCAGGCGCUCCGCACGACAGCUUCUGGGUGGCUAUCGUGGAGAAGGCGUUUGCCAAGCUCAACGGGAGUUAUCGCGCAAUCUCCAGUGGCAGUCAGCCCGAUGCCCUUUACGCUCUGACGGGCGUCCUGAUGCCGCGGACUGUGAAGCUGCGGCCCUACCGGCGGGAUCCUGCCGACAAGGAGGAGCUGUUCAACGCGAUGUGCGAGUGUGCCAGCACUGGCGGCGUGCUGGGCUGUGGAAGCAAAGGCAAGUGGGAGCAGGGCAUUGCCCCUUUGCAUGCCUACACCGUUCUGGGUCUUUGCCAAAUCCGUGCAGCUGGAGCAGUUGAGAAGUUGGUACACAUCCGCAACCCCUGGGGCAGUGGCCGGGAGUGGAAGGGCAGAUUUUCUGACGGAGAUGCGGCAUGGAAGGAGGUCACUGUUGAGGAGAAGGAGCGUCUGGGCGUCAGGAGCCGAAAGGACGGAACUUGGUAUAUGAGCUUUGACGAUUUCUGUCAGCAUUUCUUUUGUGCCUACUUCGGCAUGCUGUUUCCUCCAAAGACGCACAGUCUGUACCAUGUGGCAACAGAAUCCGAGCCUGGUAAGACGCCGCCGAAAAUUGUUGUCAAGGCUUUAUCUCCUGGAUCGAUUCGCGUGCUUUUUGGUGGACCGACUUCGCGUGCAUUGCCGGACUCCGCCGCAAGGGCAGUGAUCAAGCUAUCCUGUCUAAAGACUCGACAUGAUCAAUCACGAGAGCGGACUCGGGCUUCAGGGACGAGCUCGUCUAUGGACGCCACCUUCACAGCAUGCAAGGGAGACACGCUGCUCUUUGAAUUCAAGUCGAGUCUCAGCAGCCGAAUCUACCUCACCCUUGUGUGCCCGCAAGAUUCGGAGGUCAUAGCAGACCAUGGCGAUGGCGAGGUCGAGCUUUCUGCCCCUCCAGAAUUGGAGAAGGAGGAGAGGGAGGAUGACCCUGAUGAGCAAGCAAUGCUGCAAGUCGUGCGCAAAGCCGCCGACUUGACGGGCUGGAGCGAGGAGGAUCAGCAGGCUGUGGCGCAGAAGCUCCAGUCUGCAGAGAUCUCUUCCCCGCACGUCUUCCUGACACUGCUUCUCUCAGGCGACAUCAACUCCAAGCUGCCGAAGGGCAAGGGUUUCGGCAAGCGGAGCUUGCGGCACCUGCGGCACGUGGCUGAGGAGCUCGCUGAGCUAGAAGAUGUGGUGAAAGACGUGGCAAAGCACACGGGCUGGGAGGAGGAGGAUCAGAGCAAGGUGGUGCGGAAGUUCGUUGUGGCAGGACUCUGCUCCUGCGAAGAGCUUGCGGAUGCCUUGCUCCACUCGAGUGUGAACCGUCGCCUGGUCGAUGUCGGUCAGCAGCCGUUUGGAAAGAAGUCCAGCGGUGCCUUGAAAGCUUGGGCAAAGAGGUGGAGCGCGAUGAGCUCGGACGACAUCCCGGGCAAAGACGGAAAGGACUCCGAUGCCCUCCAUCAGGGCCUUCUGCUAGCCGAGGACGACUGA